UUGAUAUUCAGAAACAAAGACAUGAUAGAAGAAAGAUACAAAUUGAAGAAGAAAACGGCGGUGAGAACAGAACCAAAGUGUGUAUGUACUUAUCUUAUCCCAAACGUAACAACACCGAAUACAAAACACAAAUUAAGAAAAAGAAAAAAAAAAACAUUGCCUAGUAUAGUACCUUUUGCUCCAACAAAGGAAACAAAAAUAGAAACACUAAUAAUUAUUGUAAUUAUUAAUUAUUAUUAAUCAGCUAUGCAACCUAGUUCCGGCGGUGGUGGCGGUGGUUUGACACGGUUUCAUUCAACUCCGGCGAGUUGGAUAGAAUCAUUUAUUCUUAAAGAAGAGGAAGUUGAUGAAAGGCAGCAGCAACAAGACAACUUAAGUUUUACUCAACUGCUUUCCAAUAACGCUGUUGGUGGCUCUUCAAAUUCUGAUUCUCGAUCUCAACCAUAUUUAUCUCAUUACUAUUACAACUCUUCAACUCAUACCCCCACUUCUGCCAAUGCUAGUAAUAAUCCCUUCACACAGGGAGUUGAGGAUAGUGCUGAUGCACUGGACCUUAAAAUGGACAAGAUUUUAGAGGAUUCAGUUCCUUGUAAGAUUCGGGCUAAGCGUGGUUUUGCUACACAUCCAAGGAGUAUUGCUGAAAGGGUUCGGAGGACUCGUAUUAGUGACCGCAUAAGAAAACUUCAAGAACUGGUGCCGAACAUGGAUAAGCAAACAAAUACUGCAGAGAUGUUAGAUGAGGCAGUAGCUUAUGUCAAGUUUCUACAAAAUCAAAUCGAGGAGCUAAAAGAACAACAACGAAGGUGUAAAUGCACAAUUCACGAGUAAAUUGUGGUGAUUGUUUCAUAUAAUACUAGCCUGUUUGCAUAUUCUGUUUUAAAAAUUAUCAUAUUUUUGGUGUUCUGAUGAAGAUUAAUUAACCGUAACUCAGAAGAUGAAGUUUGUUUCACAUUCUUCAGCAACAAUUACAUGUUGGGGGUGCCAUUAUCAAUUUCAUGAAGAACCCACUUCAUAGAGUUCUCUCUAGUGUGGUUUAGUUCUAUAGUUAUAUAGUGUUGUAUAACUUAUACACAAAUAUAUGCUAACUUAGUUGUUUCUUGAGCUUUUUUUUUUUUUUUUGUUGAGAUAUAAUUAGUAAUAUGUGAGAUUCUUCACAUGAUCAACAGAUUAUGCAAACUACAUCUAUAUAGAUGAUAGGUUUUUGCAUUAGGUAUUUUUGCUAUUCUAUAUAUAAUACCCUCUCUUUCUCUCUA